AUGUGCAGCAAAAUGCUGUCAGGCUGUCUGGUCACAGAAGAAGGCUGUGCUUCUCUGGCCUCAGCUCUGAGCUUCAAGCCCUCAAAAUUGAGAGAGCUGGACCUGAGCUACAACCAUCCAGGAGACUCAGGAGAGAAGAUGCUGAGAGCUAAAGUGGAGGAUCCAGACUGUAGACUGGAAACUCUCAGAAAGAGUCGUUGCUGCUCUGACCGUCCUCCUCCUUUCAGGGUGACGCCUGCUGGAGUCCGAUGGUUGACACCAGGUCUGAGGAAGUAUUCCUGUCAACUCACAGUCGACACAAACACAGUAAACACAAAACUCAAACUGUCUGACAACAACAGGAAGGUGACAUAUGUGGUGGAGGAUCAGUCGUAUCCUGAUCAUCCAGACAGGUUUGACCUCCCCUGGCAUCAGCUGCUGUGUGGAACUGGUCUGACUGGUCGCUGUUACUGGGAGGUGGAGUGGAGAGGAGUGGUUCGUAUAUCAGUGAGUUCCAGAGGAAUUGGAAGAAAAGGAGACAGAGAUGACUGUGUGUUUGGAUUUAAUAAUGUGUCCUGGAGUCUGUUCUGCUCUGAUCAUGGUGGUUACUAUGUCUGGCACAACAACAGUCAAACAUCCAUCAGUUCCUCCUCAGUUUCUCACAGAGUUUCAGUUUAUGUGGACGUUCCUGCUGGAACUCUGUCCUUCUACAGAGUCUCCUCUGACUCUCUGAUCCACCUCCACACCUUCAACACCACAUUCACUCAACCUCUCUAUCCUGGAUUUGGAUUUGGUGUUAGGUUUCGUUCCUCAGUGUUUCUGUGCUGAGUUGAGUCUCCAGAGUCUCCUCCUGGUAGAGAAACAGUGUUGAACAGAUAGUUGAGUCUCUCCAUGACUCUGUCCCUCAGAAACAUCUUUUCACAUUCAUGGAUUAAAUGUGUUUCUUUGUGAAAUCCCUGUAAAUGUUUCCUAGUGAAGCCCUGCGACAGACUGGCGACCUGUCUAGGGUGUCCCCUGCCUUCGCCCGAGUCAGCUGGGAUAGGCUCCAGCACCCCCCGCGACCCUAGUGAGGAAUAAGCGGUGUAUAGAUAAUGGAUGGAUGGAUGUUUCCUAGUGAUGAAAUGAGAACUUCCUUCAUCUUGUGUGUGAUGGAGAAGAAUAAAGGACUGUGGC